AUGGCAUCCGCGCUUCCCUCCGCCAUGGCGAACCUCGGCGAGACGAUUCGAACGGCCGUGGUGAAGGGGUUACCCCCGGUUUUCUCGCUCCCCCCACGAGCCCGUGAGGGCGCCAGCCUCUCUGGGUACUUCCCAGAGGCCGCGACGGAGGGGGAUGCCAGGUUUCUCUCCGAUCAAACCUCCCUGAUCAAGGAGGAGGCCUCUCUCCGAAGGCAGAUUAGCUCCUCGCUCCAGCAAGAUCACAUGGAUUACCUGCGCACGACGACCUUUGAGCACGCCCUGGGCACCCUCUACGUCGCGCUUCGCUACGAAAAGCUGCGGCGAGAGGUGCAUCGGUUCGCGCUAGAGCAGCUCGAUCUGAUCUUCACCUUUGGAAUGAUACUGCAUGGGGAUUUGCUUCGAGCAUACCGGGAAGAAGGUCGACAACUCGCCUACCAAGUGGCGGAGCGUCAUCGUCAGCAGGUGAGGCUCCUGAUUCGGCAGGAGCGCGACGACCGCGUGGGGAUCGAGGCGCUCUGUCGUGUGGAGGGCGAUGAUCUCUGGUCGAUUGAAGCCGCCCAGCGGGGAUGUUUUCUUGAGGAAGGCGCCGUCCGACAAGAGUGGAAGGCGAUCGAGGAGGAUAUGCGUCGGGAAAUCCUUGAGCGUUUUGUACGCGAAACGCAGCUCCUCAGUAAGGCAAAAGAGAAGCGGUGUGGACGAGGGCCGUGGGAGCCACGGAUCCAAACUCUCCACCCCGCCGAAAAGCGGGGUUCUGAUGCAAGGUUGCAUUUAGGGUCUUCCUUCGGCUCAGCGGAUCUGUCGGAAGGUGUGGUUCACUGUCAACCGAAUUCCGGAGAGCCGUGGCAUCUUCGAGGGUGUGUCGCCCCCCUAUCCCCAUCACCGCAGGAGAACGCCGCGGGGCGGGAAUCAUUUCCAGACUGGCUGGAACCAGCGCACGCCGUUCACGCGGAUUCCGCGUCUUCGCUUUCGGCGACGGUGGAAACCACCCCCCCUUACGCGAGCCUCACCGCCCUCACGGGCGCCGGGGGGGGUCUUUUCAGCGCGCUUCACACGUUUAAAACGAAGCUGCGGGAGACGGUGGCGCCGACCCCGCUCACCCGUCAGCCGAUCGCAACCUCGGGCGACGCCACGCCCCGACGGCGGCCCUUCACGCGAAACGAGGAGGCGAAUCCCUCCCGAGGGAGGGUUGGCGACGCUCCAAAGGCCCUUCAACCCGUGUUACCCUCACUUCUCGCCAAAGACAACGGCGAGGGUUGGGGGUGGUCGGAGGACGACGAACCAGCGGGAGGGGGGUGGAAAGAGGCGCCUUGCGAUGCGCGCCACGUCCAAAAGAUCCCCCCCUCAUCGUUGCGAUCGCAAAUUGGAAAACGCGACGACCCGCCACGAUCCCAACCUCGGCAGCAGGGAGGGAUGCCAAGCAUGGUGGCCCUGCGAAGGGAAGCUCCUGAAGCGCGCAUCGUUCCUCUGAUGAAACCGAGCAAAGAGAGUCAUCAGAAGGACGCCGGGGUCGGAGAACCCUCCGGUUGUCUCCCAUUGCAGGCGUCGAAACGAAAAACGAAACGCGCACCGCUGGCUGUUGUCCUGCCCGCUGAGUUGGUGUGCCCGCUAACGGAGGUUUCAACCUCAGAAGCCUUGGAGGGGGUUAAAAAUGAGGUGGAGAAGGAAUCCAAGGGGUCGCUUCCCGUGCAACCGGGGGCCCCUUUGUUGUCGUGCUCGCGCACCUCCACAGGGUUGGUUGAGGGUAGUGAGAGGGACCUGGUAAAGGACGAGGGGGACCCUCCCAACGAUGGCAACUCCCCCUCGUUUCCAUCGUUAUCGAUUUGGACGAUUCCGACGGAUGCGGCCGUGGUGGUAGAGGCUCCGCCUCGGGCGCCCUCCAGCGUCACUCAAGAGGGCCGGGAUGGCGUCGUGGUGAGGAAACCGACGCGUAAAGCCGCGGAGGGGGGAAAAGGAGGGGGAGGAAGGGAAAGACGCGCCCGAGGGCUCGGCCUGGUGGUGAUGGCCCUCCCCUCGACGGAUGCGCCGCCCUCGGAGCAGCAGGAGGCCCCCUCCUGA